CAUGAAGGAAAUAAUGACUGCUUUUAUAAUACGCUUUAGGCCGAUAUAUAGUGUGACAAGUUUAUGUCACAGGGUCACAGCAUAUGCAUUUUUAACGAAGUCCAUUCAUGCACUGAGGGAAUCAGAUGAAACGUAGUGGAGUUCUUGCAUUAAUGAUUAGAAAAUGGUUUGUGUAUCUCUUGAUAAUGUUUUCUAUAGCAAAAUGUGAUCACCAAACCAUUGUACCCGCGGCAGGCUUGCUAUGCAUCAGUGAAUGCGAGAAAUGUCCUGUCGUAUGCUCACCACCAGCACAACCAGGGAAUUCAAAGCCGCCACUGCCAGCACACCACCACUCACCGCCAGUUUCACCUCCUCCACCACCAUCUUAUAUUUCAUGGGGUGGACAGCAGAACUAUUCAAACCCUUACAACUACUACUAUGCUUCACAAGCUUCUUUCUUCUCUUUUUUGCCAUCUUUUGUUGCUGCUGUUCUUUCGAGUUUUGUAAUAGUUUUGUAGGGAUUAACUGUAUGUGCUGAAGAAUAAUUGAAAAAAAAAAAAAAAAUGGUAUUCCCUGCA